AUGUUAACGCUCAACCCUACCAAUAGAGGGACUUUAGAUGAUGUUUGGCAGAAUCCAUGGGUGAACAUGGGCCGGGAGGAGCCACUCCCACCAGCCUGUGAAGAGCACCCUGGGGUGACAGCGGAGAUGGUACUGGGCUGGUGGAGGGACCAGAUCCAGGGCUGGCUUACAAGCAGUGGCAGUGACAGGGAUGAACCCAAGGUGGGGGCCCGCACCAUCAUUGUGAGGCCAGCCAUUUCCUCCGACCUCAGCAGCCAAGAACAUACGCCUCCCGCCAGCCCUGAAGUGUCCAUGCUUAUUCCCGACUGGCUUUGGGAUACCAUUCAGCAGCAGGAGAGCCAGGAGUCAAGGGAGACGACCAGAGAGCCUGCCACUCCCCCACCCUGCCCGGAGGCGAGGACCGUCACCCCCAGCUCAGCCCCCUCCAAUCACGACACCCAUGAAGACAGCAUCGCCCGAGCCACCGAUCAUGCCGGUGACCGCCACGACACGUGCAGGGCCAGCCUCACCUGUGACACCUGCAACAGGCGUGACAGCAGCCACACCUGUGAUACCAGUGCUACGCGGGACACCAGAGACGCCUGCGACACCAGCAGCGCCUGCGACAGCUGCAAUACCAGUGGUGCCAGCUUCACCUGUGACGCCUGCAGCACCUGUGACACCAGCUUCACCUGUGAUACCAGCCUCAGCCAUGACGCCCUAAGCACCCAGGACAGCACUGGGGCCUGCAGCACAGAAGACGCCCGUGGCGCCCGCGAUACCUGUGGCGCCAGUGGCUGCAGUGACACCAGGCGCACCCAGGCAAAGAUGGCACCUCUGGCACCUGUGAGGCCCAAGAGGCUGGGGCGCCCAUGGCACCAGGGUCACCCGUGCACCCACGUCGCCCUCAACACUCACAGAACCCAUGGCACGCACGGCAACCACAUCACCUGUGACACGUGA